GCCCCCACCCCACCCCCUUUUCUACCUUCCAUGACCUCUUCUCCUCCUUACCUCCUCGAACUUCCAGUCCGGUCAUCCUCACCCCUCGAAACUUGUCUCAACGACUUCCCUUUCCUUCCUGGGUCUCCGCCGCCCUCCGGGAAAGGAUUCAACCCCUUCCUCACCCUCGAGCUGCCCAGGAAAGGUUACAACGACCACCCGACCCUUAGUCCCUGCCUUUCCCGGCCAAAAGGUGCAGCGACUCCUCACCCUCAAGGCUCUCCCCACUUCUCCAGAGACCCAAUCUCUGGCCUCAGUUGCAGCGCUGGAUUUUCUCCUCUCUCCAGCUCACCCCCUUCCCGGUCCCCACCGCCGCCCUCCCCAUCCCCACAGCUUCCCCUGAACCAGGGGAGAUGUUCUUUUGUACCUUGUUCGCCGCUCCUUGGAAGGCCUUGCUACCGAGAGCCUAUCUUCUCGGGUUCGCCUCCUCCGAGCCCUUGUUUUGACCGGGUUAACUUUCUAGGGUCACCCCCUGCCCGCCCGCGGAGCCAUAAUUACAGUUUGAUCAGUUCCCCGAGAAUACCGAGGCACUGUACCUCAAGCUCUACCAUUGACCAGAACCCUUACCUCUAUUAUUGUUAUCCUCAGUCCCUGGGAACCAGCCCUACAGCAUCCCCUCUCAUUGUCCGUCGUCCUGCAGGAAGCAGUCUUAGGAAGUCCCCUCAGCUCCCUUCAGAAACUGGCCCCUUGAUUUCACCUUCCUUCCCUCAUAAGUCCCAGGGAAAUUGCCCAAUAAUUUCACCUACUCUUACUCACAAGCUGCCAGGAACUGGCAUCAUAAUUUCACCUUCUCUUGCUCACAAGGUAUUGGAAACUGAGCCCUGGUCUUCAAGGAGGAGUUAUAAUGAUCCUCCUAUUUCCCCAUCUUCCCAACCCACUGUCAGCUUUUACCCAGGUCAUCUUAAGCCUUCAGAUUCUUAUGAACUUAAACCACGGUUUGACCUGUCCCCUGAGAGAAAAUAUUGUAGUCCUCCACUUUCUUCUCAGGCAGGCAUGCCUGGCUGUUCCAUCUCACCUCGGGAGAACCCUUGUCACUAUUCCCAUCUUCCUCCAGAGACCCACUCAUCUGCUUCUGGGAAGCCUUUUAAUGCCAUCCCCAUGAGUUUAUGUUCUCAUUACUCACCCCAGUUCCAGGCUCCCACGAAGCCUGGUUUUGAGUCUCUUUUCUCCUGGGAGACUGGCGGGAGCUCUUACAUGUACGUAAACCCAGACAACACAACUUCUGACACCUCCUGUGCUCAAGAACCACCUCAUCUCCUGUGUUCUUCCUCUCCUUAUUCUGUCUUCCCUUCACCACCAGGCAACCAGUCAACAUCUAUACCCCACUCACCUCCCCGCAGAAGCUAUAAUGAUCCCCCUCUCCCAACCCCAGUUUCCCCCAAAGUAAAAACCCCCAAACUCUCAGAGUUAAGACAGCCAUGUCCUCCCCACAAAUGCCGUUCCCUGCUCACCACUAUUCAGCACAUGACUCCUGACCCACCCAAGCUGCCGGUGACCUGCACUUCUCCUGCUCUCUCCCACCGUUCUGCUCUCUCUGGUCCUUGUACAGUGACGUCAAUCAGUACUUGCCCAAAUCCCUGCCCCAAAGACCCCCAAGAACGAACCUUACCUACUGUGGUUCCUAGAACCCUCAAAACUGUUAUUCCUACUUCCCUUCCUUUCUGCCUUCCUUGUGAUCCUGUUAUACCCAUUAGUUGUGUUCAGAGCUGUCCCCCUGUAUCCCCUAGGGGUCCCCCUUGUAGUACUCAUAUAUAUUCUGUGGUUCCUACUACACCUGCUCCCUUCCCACUCUCUGGUUCCCUAAAUCAAUCCAUAUGUCCACUUCUGUGUCAGAACCCACCCAUGGUACCCCCCUAUGGCACCUACGGUAUUCCGAGGGGCCCACUCCAACCAUGUCGCCAGCCUAUGGCACCUCCUUGUUCUACCCAUAUCUAUUCUUUUAUCCCUUUGAGAGCACCUUUUGACCUCCAAAGUUUACCCAUUGCCCCCCGAGCUCGGGGUCAUCCUGAUACUGCACCGUGUGGCCUUCAUGUCUACUCUGUGGCUUCUCAAGCUCCCCCUAAAGAAUCCCCUCAGAUUCCUUAUAGCUGUCCUUUGCCUUCUUCGCCUGUGAGUUCUAGCUGCAGCAGUAAUCCCAGCUGUAGUUCAACUGUUUUAAUUAGUGAAUGCCAGAGUAGUGACAACCAGAACAAGAAUGCUUACCAAAGUGAAAAUAUGAGCCAAAGUGAGGAUGCCCAUCAACUUAGCAGAAGUCCAGGUCAAAGCAAGCAUCCUCAUCCUAAAAGUCGGAGCCGGAGCAAGAUUCCUCAUCAAAACAGAAGCCCAAGUAAUAGUCCCAGUGGAAGCGUAAAUCAGGGUCAGAGCGAGAAUCCUCAACUCAUUGGAAAUAAGGACCAGAAUGAGGGUACCCAAUGUGGCAAAGCCAAAAGUGUCUCCCUUAACAAAAGUCCUCACCUUGGUAGACAGUAUGUCAAGAGUAACAGUCCUCACCAUAGUAGGAGCCGAAGCAAGAGUCUUCGCCGAAUCAAAACUCGGAGCAAGAGUCCUCGAAAAAACAAGUAGUAAGGAUCAGAACAAUUGUUCUGACCAAACAAAC